AUGGAGACUAUUGGUGGGGUUCAUAAGGAAGAUCAUGAGCAGAUGGAUUUGCCUCCUGGGUUUAGGUUUCAUCCAACAGACGAAGAACUCAUAUCCCAAUAUCUACACAAGAAGGUUCUCAACAUUGAUUUCUCGGCUAAAGCUAUGGGCGAGGUGGAUUUGAACAAAGCUGAGCCAUGGGAGUUGCCGUAUAAAGCAAAAAUGGGUGAGAAGGAAUGGUACUUCUUCUGUGAGAGGGAUAGAAAGUAUCCGACCGGUCUGAGGACUAACCGGGCAACUCAAGCCGGUUACUGGAAGGCAACCGGGAAGGAUAAGGAGAUUUUCAGAGGGAAAUCACUUGUUGGUAUGAAGAAAACACUUGUUUUCUACAGAGGAAGAGCUCCAAAAGGGCAUAAAACAAAUUGGGUGAUGCAUGAGUUUAGGCUUGAUGGGAAACUCUCUGCCCACAACUUGCCCAAAACCGCUAAGAAUGAAUGGGUGAUAUGCAGAGUGUUUCACAAAACUGCUGGAGGCAAGAAGAUCUCACUUUCGACUUUAAUCCAAAUUGGUUCGUAUGGAGGGUCCAGUUUACCACCUUUAACCGAUUAUUCACGUUACAAUGAUAUAACCAAGACCGAACCGGUUUACGUGCCCUGCUUCUCCAACAAAACUGAAACCACAGGAACAAUACUCAGUUACUUCAGCAACCCUGCCCUAAGCUCGAUUCCACUCUACCAACCUCAACCUCUCCACGUUUCCGAGCAUCUACAGAGUUCCAAUCAUGUUCUUGCUCAAGAACAAUCAGUUUCUCAAGCGAUGUUUGACAAUAACAGAAGCCAAAGCUUCAAAACGCUGAGCAUCUCGCAGGAGACACGGGUUUCUAAUACCGAUGUUACAUCGGAGUUUGAAGUUCCAUCUUCCUCUGCUGGUCCGGUUGAUCUUGAAUCUUUCUGGAGUUACUGAAAAUACAAAACUUAUAGCUGGUGUGCAAAAUUUGUAUAGAUUCCUAAUGUUUUCUAUUAUUAUACCCAACGUCUGAAACUUACUACUAGAGAUUGGAUAGAGAGGAGAAGCAUCAA